AUGGAGACACCUUUAACUAAAGCAGUUGCUUUCCUUUCUGAUGUAUUGAGAAAACAUGAUUUUGAUGCUAGUGAGCAGCCUUUAAUUGUGGGAGUAAAUGGACCACAAGGAUCAGGAAAAUCAUACUUAUGUGAACAUUUACUCGGAGAAAUGUCAAAUAAAUUCCCAGACUUGAAAUUUGUGCAAUUCCUGAUGGAUGAUUUAUAUUUAAGGCAUGAAGAGCAAAGUCAAUUGACUGCUAAAAGCAUCCUGGAAGACAACAAACUCCUUCAAGGAAGAGGUUUGCCAGGUACACAUGAUAUCGACUUAGCUUUAGAGAUUUUUGACAAAUUGAAUAAGCGAGAACCAGUCCAAAUUCCAUUUUAUGAUAAAAGUCUAUUUGGUGGUGAAGGAGACCGGUCACCCAAAGAUCAAUGGAACACUGUAAAUGGUAAGGUGGAUGUAUUGAUUUUCGAGGGUUGGUUUAAUGGAUUUCUGCCAAUACCAAAUGAUAAUUUACGCUUGAAAUAUUUAAGUUCUGAUGUUGAUUAUAGUGUACUUAAGAAGCAUAGGCUUUACCAUUUGGAAGAAAUGAAUGAAACAUUAGAGCAGUACCAGAAGAUCUGGUCAAUGUUUAAUUAUUUCAUUUAUAUCAAAACGGAAUCAGUCCAAGAUGUUUAUGUGUGGAGACUUGAACAGGAACAUAAUUUGAAAAAAAUCACCGGGACAGGUAUGACCGAUGAUCAAGUGAAAGAGUUUAUUGACCGCUACAUGCCAGUCUACGAAGUGUAUUGUGAAAAAUUGUGUGAAAAGGGGUAUAUACAAGAAAAGGGACACAAUCUCGAACUCUUCAUUGACAUAAAACGAAACUUAAUCUCUUCGCAAAUACAUUAG